AUGGCAUCCUUAGAAAUUAGGGAUGAAGCUUCACAGUCCAUUGUGAACUUCUUGAAAGCUAAUGUCCCUAGGUCUGAUAUUCCCAAUAUAGAAACUGAAUUAAAAAAGGAUUUUUUACUCGCUAAAAAGAGAAGCAAAGAACAAAAAGCAAAGAAACAUGUUAAAAAGAAAUCUAAAGUAUUGACCAGAAAAGAAAAGAAGGCUCUCGGUUUUUUUGCCAUACCACGAAAAAGUGUACGAUAUAAUGAUAUAUUAGCGAUAAAUAACAUUUGGUCUGACUAUAUUAUUCAAUUGCUGGAAUUAGAUAAGCCCAUACCAGACUAUUCAAGUAAAAAUUGGGAUCAGUUCUCACAAUCAUUAUAUAAAGCUGAUUUUCAUGGAUGUUUAUUACAAGUAGUUAGAUCAAAAUGCCCUAGUUAUGUUGGGAAAAAGGGAAUUUGUAUCAUGGAUACAAAAAAUACAUUUAAAAUUGUAUCAAUGGAUGACAUAGUCACUACUUUACCAAAAAAAGACUGUGUUUUUGAAUUGUAUAUAAAAGACAUUAGAUUAUGUAUUUUUGGUAAGCAUCUGUGUGUAAGACCAGCAGAACGAGCAACAAAAAAACUAAAAAGUUAUUUACAUCUUGACUUA